UCAGGCUAUUGAGGCAAGACGUCGGCGAAUGUCUGCAUGUGAGGAACCCUCAGAUGGGGUGUUGAUCAAAUUUAAAUAUCCAAAUGGACACACCAAUAUGAGGAAAUUCCGCUUGUCGGAGCCAAUCCAGAUCUUGUUUGACUUUGUGGGACAAGAUGAUAUUGCCAGUGAAAUCUUUGUGGUGCAAGAAGCCGCAUCAUCAAGAUCAGUUGAGAGCAGUUCCUCCGGGUCAAUAAUGGAUUAUGGCAUAAAAGCAUCCUCAACUCUAUAUGUGCUUUGGUUUUCAAAUAAGGAUGUACAGGAAAUUCUCUCAGAUCAACAAAAUGAUGGAGCUUAUGCCCUACACCAUACAUCUCAUGGUCAGUCAUCACUGUCUGAGACCUCCACCCAGCCAAGUCUCUCUGUGCCCUCUUUCCAGCCACUGCUGUCUGAGCCCUCCACCCGCUCACUGCUGUCUGAGCCCUCCACCCACUCACUGCUGUCUGAGACCUCCACCCGCUCACUGCUGUCUGAGCCCUCCACCCAGCCAAGUCUCUCUGUGCCCUCUUUCCAGCCACUGCUGUCUGAGCCCUCCACCCGCUCACUGCUGUCUGAGCCCUCCACCCGCUCACUGCUGUCUGAGACCUCCACCCGCUCACUGCUGUCUGAGACCUCCACCCAGCCAAGUCUCUCUGUGCCCUCUUUCCAGCCACCGCUGUCUGAGCCCUCCACCCGCUCACUGCUGUCUGAGACCUCCACCCAGCCAAGUCUCUCUGUGCCCUCUUUCCAGCCACCGCUGUCUGAGCCCUCCACCCGCUCACUGCUGUCUGAGACCUCCACCCAGCCACCGCUCACUCUAUUCUCACAACCACAAGAAAUCCUGACUCUUCAUGAUGAACCAUCACUCUCUCCUUCAUCUGCACAAGAACCAAUCAUUAUUCUUGAUGAACAAGAUGAGACUGUUUCACAAAAUCAGUCUCCUGUAUCAACACAUCACCUUGGAGAACAUGUGGAUGAGACUGAUCUACAGACCAUAUUGAAAAAAAUGGUCAGCAAAGUUGAUGGAAGCUUCUGUCCGACAAGCAACCAAAUAAAUGUGUGCAGGGAUAAUGUUUUACUGUGUAGCGUGCGGGCAUUCAAGCGUAGGUUCUUCAACCCUGAAGCAAAAUUGGAUGUUGUCUUUGUGGAUGAAGAUGACAAUGGUGAAGGAGCAGUUGACGAAGGUGGCCCGACAAGAGAGUACCUAAGGCUGUUGAUGAGGGCUGUCCACCAGUCAAAUAUCUUUGAGGGACAUGAGAAAGACCGACAGUUGUCUCUUGAUACUCAAGCUUUGCAGACUAAACUUUACAUGUGGGUGGCAAAAAUGAUUGCUGUGUGUGUGGUCCAUGGAGGAGUCGGUCCACAUUUCUUUUCCGAAAGGCUUUUCCAUCAAAUCUGUGGGAUACCAACACGCCCGGCCACGGUGGAUGAAGUUGGUGACCAUACUUUCAGGGAACAAUUAAUAAAAAUACAGGAAGCAACAACGGUCCGAGAGGCGAACGGUGCAAUUGCAGAGGCAGCAGAUAGUCUCAGCAUUAUAGGUGCCUUAAGACAUGUGUCCAGCCUGGAGGAGAAGGACUCCCUUGUCCAGUCAGCUGCAGACUUCUUUGUCAAUGGAAGAUUGGCGACUGCCCUGAACCAGUUUGUUGAGGGGUUAAAAACCCUUGGUUUACUGGAGGAGCUGAGGAAGAAUCCGGCAGUGUUCUACAACAUGUUUGUCAGUGAGGAGAUUCCACUACAGGCGAAGGACCUAUGCACUUUAUUUGACGUGGACUUCUCUGCGCAAGGCAGCAACAGGAGAGCACGAGAAAACAUGACAAUAUGCUUUUGGCGUGACUGGUUAAUUGAUAUUGAAGAAGGAGAAUGCAGUCCAGUCACCCUAGAGAAGGUAUUGGAGUUUACAUCUGGAGCUUCAACAAUGCCUCCACUGGGAUUUCCACACCGUCCACAAAUUCAGUUCCUUCAUGAGGGCAACAGACUAUUCCCAGAAGCCAAUACUUGUAUUCUUGUACUCCGCCUGCCGCUGCACUCUUCCUAUGAAGCUUUCAAACAAUACAUGAUGGAGGGAAUUUUGCAAGCUCCAACCUUUGGUCUUGCAUGAUGUCACUGUGUGUAAAACUUGGAAAUUCAGUUUUCACUUGAGCUAUAUUUGUGCUUAGAAGUUAUUGAAUAGAAUGCUGUUGAAGAAAGUCACUGGUUCAGAUGUUAAUUAUAGAAUC